GAGAGUGCAGAGGACUGGGCAUUGCUCAUUUCUUUGGCUCUGAUCUACUGUUGUGCCAGGGCUCCAGUCAGGCCUGUGUCUGCCUCCUUGAGUAGGCCAGGAUCCCAUCUAAACAGCCUCCUAGGGCAGCUCCCCACUAUGGGGGCCCUGACCAAGUUCCAGACCAGCGUUGUCUCCUGGGACAUUGCCACAGCAGCCAUGUUUAUUGGUGCUGAGGCUGCCACGGUGAGUGUGGCUGGUUCAGGGGCUGGCUCUGGAACAGUGGCAGCUUUGAUCAUUGGCUGUGCUAGGAACCCUUCUCUCAAGGGGCAGCUCUUCUGUACCGUUCUGGGCUUUGCCCUGUCUGAGGACAUGGGGCUCUUCUGUGUGAUGGUCGCCUUCCUCAUUCUCUUUGGCAUGUGAGCCUUCGUGGGGGUCACCUACCUGUCCCUGCUGCUUCAAUUUAAGGCCAUGGCUGGUACUAAAUGUGUGCCAAGCUUUACCAUUAAACACAACAUUUCUCUUUAAAAAGCGGGGAGGGCAAGAAUAAGCACAUGAAAGUGUUCAACACUAAUAAUUAGGGAAAUACCAAUCAAAACCACAGUAAGAUACCACCU